AUGUCUGCUGUUAAAAGAAUUUCCGUCUCCAAAUACAAGACCUUCAUGUUUGAUAUUGAAGGAACAACAACUCCAAUUGUUUUUGUUGCUGAAAAUUUAUUUCCAUACAUUAGAAAGUCAUUGAAAACUCAUAUUGAAGAAACAUGGGAAAGCGAAGAAACCAAAAAGGAUGUCCUCUCACUCAAGGAACAAGCAGAACAAGAUGCUAAUAGCCAAUCGGAUUUUAAGGAUGCUCCACAAAUUAACAUUGAUUCACAACAAUCUGUUAUUGAUAAUGUUGUUUAUAAUAUGGACAAGGAUAGAAAAAUGACUGCUUUGAAACAAUUACAAGGUCACAUGUGGAGAAGUGGCUAUGAAAGUGGUAAUAUUUUGGGAGAAGUUUAUGAUGAUGCUUUUGACUUUUUUGAAAGAAUCAAAAAGCAAGGAAAGAAUAUUUACAUUUAUUCAAGUGGAAGUGUACAAGCUCAAAAAUUAUUAUUCCAAUAUUCAACUCAUGGAAAUUUAUUACCAUACUUUGUUGAUCAUUUCGAUACAUCAAAUAUUGGAAACAAAUUGGAAAAAUCAAGUUAUGUUAAAAUUUUGGAAAGAACUGGAAUCCCAAAUAGUGAUAUCCUCUUCUUGACUGAUAAUAUCGGAGAAGCAAUUGCUGCAAGAGAAGCUGGUAUUGAUUCAGUACUCUCUGUUAGACCAGGUACUAUGAAAUUACCAGAAGAUCAUACUUUUGAAGCAGUCACCUCAUUCGAACAUCUUGAAUUUUAA